AUGGAAAGAACUUUUAUGACCCGGAAAAGGGUUGGGCUGAAUGGGUCGCAAGACUCAGGAAUGCAGCCAUGGAUAUUGAUCCAAAAGGGCUUGGACGAUGCCGCCAUGCUAGACCUUGCCCGUCGUACCUUGGUUGAAGGUGCAUUAGAGCUGUUCUUAAGACACAAGGUCGAGUUGAAAUCGUUCGACGAUUUCAAGAAGGUGAUGAUGUCCGCAUCCACCAACUCUCCCUACUGGAAAUCGGCGAAGGCUAUUACGUCUAUUAAGUUCGGAGGGGAUGUGGAAGACUACAACCGUCGUUUUCAUAAGUUGAAGUCGUCAUUACCUGCCAACUUCCAUUCUCCAGAAGUUUUGGAUCCAUUCUAUUACUUAAUGGGGCUUGCGGAAACAAAUGCUGCUCAACUGUUAGAUGAAAUUGGAGAUUUGUCUAAGACGUUAGAUGAAUGUCAACAGAUUGCUACCAACUUAAGUUUUAAGUUGAAGAGAGAGUCACCGGAUGGCUCGUUCACUGCUCGUGUCGGUAAGAAGACGAAGAUCAACCCGUUGGCUAACAGGAUCACGCAAAACAUAACUUCUAACAGUCGUUGCUAUCGUUGUAACGAGACUGGUCACUUUGCUGCCAAAUGUCCAUCCAAGUCAAAAGACUAG